AUGGACGGAUUUGACGAACCUCUGGGGGCGACUUCGAAUUCGACGUCGACGAAUUCGCUGUUUUCGCUAAACAAGAGAGACAGUUAUUCGAGCAUCUUAGAUCAAUAUGGUGAGGAAGCCGAAAAUGAAGAAACCAGGACAGAAUGUGUUAUGCCUGAUCCAACGGUUCUGACUUUGAACUGUGCCAAUCGCGGACGUAGAACUUCGGUCUUUGCAGAUGCACCCAUCUUGGACAAAACGGUCAUUGUGCUCGUUGGUCUCCCCGCGAGCGGUAAAUCAACCAUUUCAAACCAUUUGCAACACUAUUUGAAACAGACGCCUGCUACGGCGCACCUGCGCUGCAAAAUCUUCAACGCCGGUCAAGUGCGUCGAAAGCUCAGUUGUAGAGGGCGGCCAAUGAUGUUGGCGAACAACUCGUCUGAAGAUUUGUUCAAUCCGAAAAAUACGAUGAAAAAGGAAAAAUACGCCAAGAUCACACUAGAGCAGCUAUUCGGUGAGUUAGAUCGCGAUCUGUGCGAUGUUGCAAUUUUCGACGCUACAAACUCUACCGAGGCCAGACGCGCGUUUCUGUUUCACGAAAUUCGGUCUUACAACGCGCGUUUAACCGGCGAAUUCCGAAUAACACCAAUGGUGCUUCAGGUGGGUUGUGUAAACGAGAACUUCGUGAAGUUCAACAUACACAACAAGACCUUCAAUCAAGAUUAUUUCGACAAGCCAUAUGACUUUGCUGUACGUGACUUUGCUCGACGGCUCACACAUUAUAGCUCGCAAUUUGUGGCAUUUGACAAGCUGGAAUUUGAUCGCCACGUUGCGGAGGGGAAACUUGUCAAUGAAGACACAGGUCUUUUCUGGUUCAAUAUUGUUAAUGCUGGUUUAUUGACCAAUGUCGAACGUAGUCACUUCCCACCAAAAUGUGCGUCAAUAGUCAAGAAUACUGUCUCGACUAUCGAAGCUUUCGUUACGGGAUAUGCGAAGAUAUAUGGACAUCAGUACAUUGAACAAGUUAAAUCGUUCGCCAACGGCCUAUCUACUUUAAAAGCUAGCCAGGACGUCUCACAAACGAAACGCGUUCCCUACUCUUUGAUUUUGAGUGAGAUUCUCGACCACGACUACUUCGAGCAGCUGAUGAAGACUGCUUGCUAA